AGUGGAUGGUUCAUUGGCGGAGCUCGUGAUUCCACCGUGACGUCAUGUGUAAAAAUCCGCUUUCCAAACUCGAGCCGUGUGGACUCGAGUGGAGAAGACGACACGGGACACUGCCGAGGGGAAGAAACACGGACCAACACAUCCACGCGUCCACCUCUCAAGGGCAAAGAUGAAGCAGGGGUCAUUGUCCGAGCUGUGUCUAUUGUUCCUUUUGUGUCAGACUCAUCUCUCACUGGCCAAAAGAGGAGGCGGCGGCUUCGGGAAGGGCAUCGGCUCCAAGAAGUCCUCCUGGUCCAGCCGAGGGAGCACCAGCGGUAAUGCGGGCAACCGAAAUAAUGCAGGUUCCAGCUCUCAGGCUGGGUACCCCAAGCAGCCUGCACAGCCCAAUCAGGGAGGCUACCCUCCACAGUCAGGCAGACCCGGGAAUCAAGGCGGGUACCCCCAGCAGCCGGGCGGAGGCUACCCAGCACGGGGCUCCCCAUACGGAGGAGGGAGUUAUGGCGGCCAUGCCGGGUACGGUGGUCACGCUGGCUAUGGGGGUUAUGGAGGUGGCUACAUCAACCAAAACCCAAACAACAGAGUCCUGAGCCCUCAGUACGGGAGCAGCUUUGGAUAUGGGGGUCGGGGUGUGGGGGGCGGCUCUCCCUUUUCCCACUCAGUCCAGUCGAUGGGCAUGCGUCCCUCCGACAGAUCCAGAGGGUUUGGCCGCAGCGCGGUGAUGGCAGCGGCCGGAGGGGCCAUGGUAGGGAUGGCCCUGGGCUACGGGCUCGGGAGGUUCCCCCGUCCUCCCUUCGGCUUCCACAACCCCCAGGAGGAGCAUUACUACAACCACUACAUGUACAGGAGGUACGGGGCCAAGUCCACCGACACCAACGACUACAGCCGGGACUACAGGUACAGCCCACCCCCUCAGACCUACGACAGCUACAUGGACUCCUGCAUGAAGAGGGCCGACCUGCUGCCAGCGGGGAAACCCAAGCCAAGCGACAGCAACAACCCGUCCGCCACUACCACGGCUGCAAACGCCACCGUCGUCGCCUCAGCUUCAGACGCCGGCGGCAAGGCAACGGACAACCCCUCAACCCCGGGACCUUUGACCCCGCGCCCUCCAGCCUCGCGGCUUGCCGGCAGUGCUGAAGACGAGGACGAGGACGACACGGUCAGCAUCGAGGAGAUCGGCUACCCGGCGCUGAUCGAGCAGGUGAAGGCGAGGCGGUGCUUGGAGCUGUACAUGGUCUACGCUGAAAGGUACCUGAUGAGGCCCACCGACGGGGCGCGGCGACCGGAGGCGGGCCGGCUGGGGCUUGUAGCCGUGGUCACCAGUGCCACUCUGCUACUAAACAGCAACAUGCUAAUGCUGCUCCACUGACGGGGAAGUGAUGGGGAAUGUGUUUGUUAUAAGGGAGGGUGAAAGGGGAGGUUUUGGGGAGGGGGGGGUUCUUUAUUGUCUGUGGGUUUCUACAUUUUCUUAAUAUCGUAGGCGUCACAUCCUCAUGCCUGCUUGACUGGCGCUUAGUGAUCCAUCUUGGAACCAUGUGUUUAAUGAAAGGAGUGGAAACAGUUAAACAGACAGUUGGUGUUGGAGCAGAUUUUACUGGCGUCUUCUUCUUCUGAGAGAGAAAGGGCCGCAUUUACAUUCCUAGCAAUGAAGGAUGGGGGGGAUUACAACACACCCCGUUCUAAAACUCCAUUUAAAAAAAAAAAAUGCCACUCCCACUUUGUGUUCACGACGUGUGUCCAUCAGAACAAAAAGAACAUACAAUUAUGUUUGUGUUUAUUCACAGAAACUGCAUCUUUGUUGUUGUUGUUUUUUGGAUCAGAAGAAGAAGCACCUGGCACAGGUCGUUACAGAAGCGAUCAGCGUAGCAGACACUGGCUUCUUAGAUACGAUUGUUUUAACCUGAAGGGGUGUUUGUGUCAGAGGAAAUCCUAAAGAGUGAAUCAAUUUACACGGGACUUUGACAAAUGCAGUGCAAAUAUCACAUUUGCAGCGUGACUAUGAGAAAUGUUUCAUAGUAGAUAUGAAUGAUUUCUUUGUAGCUUAAAACAGAAAUGGGCCAUAUAAAAACCUCCAUGAAAUGCAUAAGCUCAAUGCAGAAAGACUAAAUAUUAAAUCCGCGCAUGCUGUUGUACUAACAUGAUUGCUUUGGAACCGAAACAAAGUGCGCUUUUCCUUCCGUGUUGGCCGUUUGUGAACCGCUUAGAACAGUUUACCCAAGACUUUCAGCCCUGUCCGUUCUGUGCGUCCUUCCUCUUCUGUCUCUGGGUAGUUUGUGAUGGAGAUACUUCAUCAGAAUCAUCUCGAUCUCCUCCUGAAUCUCAUCUUGCAUUAUCAACAGUAAUAGUUAAGGUUGUGUGUCAAGAUAUGUGCAGGAGAUAAGAUUCACCCAAUCAGAUUUCUUCUUUUCUCUCUAACAGAAGCCAACCAACAAUGUACUUUGUGAACAUUGAUCAUUGAUUUUACCUCCAAUAUAUCUGAAUGAGGUGUGUGAUAUCAUAAUUACUAUGCCAAUGGUACAUAACCCUCUCUUCACUAUUAUGUCUGAUGUUUGGGGACCAUUAUUACAAGCACAUUUAAGUUAAAUUCUGCUUUGAAGUUAUGCUUCAACUCCUUUAAAUACUGUUUAUUCUAGAGCAAUGCAUCAUAUUCAAUAAGAGCGUUAUGUGUUUGUCCUCUAUCCAAGUAGCUUGAUAAUUAUAAGACGCUUCUUAACUCACAAAAAGAUCUUCAUUCCUUAGUUAAUCAGAAAAAAAGAUCUAAUUGUAAACGUGGAGAUACGUGGUUGUCGGACAUGAAGGGUUUGCUUAUUUGCUUGUUUAUUUGAAAAGUAACAAAAGCUGUCAGACAAAUGUAGUGGAGUAAAAAGUACAAUAUUUCCCCCUGUGCUGCAGUGGAGUAGAAGUAGAAAACUGGCAGAACAUACAAAUACUCAAGGGAAGUACAAGUACCUCGGGUUUGUAAAUGCAUAAAGUGAAUUUCAAUUUUACCACCAGGAGGAACACAUUUCAAUCAGUGAAGUGAAAUGAGCUGGACUGGCCAGUGAUCAGAAGCCCCCGGUGUACCUUUAACGUGCCAAUUCAUGUACCCUCUUUACUCAAAAUGUAUCCGAAGAAUGUGCCGCUUUUAAUAAGGCCUUUUGACUGUGAGUAAUCCCAUUUACUGUCCUACUGAACGCUGAGGGUCCACUCACACCUUUUUGGAUUUGUCUUGUCAAAUAAACUUAAACUUUACUCAUGUG